AUGUCAAAACUCGCUAUAAUUGCCACAUCACUAACCUGCCAAGGCGGUGAUUUGCAUGGUGCCUUCUGUACUUUAGCCUGGACUCUCCUACCCAUUCAGGGUUCACAUGACAAGUCCGAGGUGUGCCAAAUUCGUAUCAUUUCGUUCAUUCGUCUCAGGAAUCUUAGUGACUUCGAUCCGCCCUGUCAGUUUAACAACUGCGUGCCUCUGCCUCUCUUUUGUCCUUUGCAGCGUAUGCCAACGCGCACCUACAAGUGCCUUGUUCACAGUCUCAUGCCUGGUUUACUUCACAUUACCUUCGAAGGCUGUCACGAUUUCACGAGGCUGGCCGAGUCGAGUGAUCAUUCGGCCCCUGCAUGGGUUUGA